AUGCCAAUGUGGAACUGUGACUUUGACAACUGCCAGAAGCCUGCAGUCCGUACCUACGGCGAAUGCACUCUCUGUGACCGCCACCUCUGCACACAGCAUCUCCAAGCCGAAUUCCACAAGUGUCCUGCUUGGGAGGACGCCGAGUCCUACGACCCCGCGGCCGGGGAAGCAGAGCGGCGAGAGCUCACGCAGCUCCUAUCGAAAAUCAACACUCCCGCUCUUGCAUCACGAGCCAGUCAUCUCCGCAAUGGAAUUCCCUGCUCCAUCCCUCCCCUGGUCUACGACCGCGCAAUCCGCAGCUCCGUCAUGGGCGGCAUGAACUACCAUGUCGAGAUCCGGUUUGAAGAUGGUGUAAGCUGGCUCGCGCGCAUCCGCCGCUCGAACGCUACCUCCCCGCCGCCAGAUCUGCGGGAUCAUAUUAUCCGUAGCGAAGUGGCUACUCUUCAAUUCCUCGAGAAGACCGGGGUCCCUGCUCCGCGGGUCUUCGAUUUCGACUUCGAGAGGAAGGAAAACCCAGUCGGCGUGGGGUAUAUCCUAAUGGAGAAGAUGCCUGGGAAAUCAUUACGCUGGUCUCUCUUAUCCGCCGACCAGAGAAAGAAAGUCAUGAGCCAGCUCGCAGACAUAUAUAUCACGCUACACAGUUUCCCUUUCCAAUCUGCAGGGUCGUUUGAUCAGCCAGGGACCUCACACAUUGGGUCAUUCGCACGAGAAUCCCUAACGGAUUAUCAUCCGUCGGGCGAGAUGCGACCCCUUGGACCUUACUCCUCCCAUGAACAAUAUCUCAUCGCCACAUUACGAUUAACACUCUCUUUGAUCGUGCGCCAAGAAUGCUAUACCCCGCGAGCAGUAGACGCUUACCUGAUCCACCGCUAUCUUCUCGACUGUAUACCCGCCAUCCUAUCCCAGCACACGCACGACGACGGAUAUUUCUACCUAAAACACGCAGACGAAAAGGGGGACCACAUCCUCAUCGACUCCUCCCUCAACAUCACCAGUAUCAUAGACUGGGAAUGGGCCCACACCGCCCCCAAAAGCAGCGCAUUCAAAUCCCCCAUCGUCCUCCUCUCCGUCUCCGAUUUCUACGCCGGCAUCAACACCCUCGGAGACGACGAAGCCAUCUUCGCGCAGCUUCUAGAAGAGAAAGGAAAUCCUGAGCUGGCGGAGAUUGUGAAGAGGGGCAGGAUCCUCCAUAGGUUCGAGUUCUGCGCGGGCUAUGAUCUGGCGGAUUGGGAUGGCUUCCUGGGACUCUUUCAGGGGCUGAGGAACGCGUUGGAUAGUGAUGCACAUCUGGAUUGGGAGGGCUGGAGGGAGAUGGCGAUUAGGAGGUAUGCUCAUGAAGAGGAGCUUCGGUUGUUGUUGGAGGAGGAUAGGGGAAGGGGAUAG